AAAUGUCAAUGUCAAACUUGAGAAAAAUAUUACGAAUUGGGAUUAGACAUUAGUUUUUGAGGAUAACUCCUAAAGUAAGUAAAGAUGGCACAGACAGCGGGCGUAAAACCCAUAGCCAUUGCGGGUCGUGUGGCAUCUGAAAGAGAAAGAUGUCUUGGUAUGACUGAUGCUGAAAGAGCUUGGCGCAAGCAAUGGCUAAAAGACCAGGUUUUAGCUGCGAAUGAACCAGUUCAUGUCGAAGAGUAUUGGAAGGAACGAACAAAUCCAAUUCGUCGAUUUUAUCGAAAACCUUUAGAUGUAUUAUAUGAUAAACUGACACCUAUGCUGGGAGCCCAGCGUGCAGCAGAUUAUAGAUACAUUACUGGAAAACUUGGUUUAAUAGCUGUUGGUGUUCUGGCCAUUCAUUAUUACUUCAAAUACAGUGGAAAUGAUUGGACUAAAAAAGGAGGCUGGAGGGUAACCCGUACUAAGCCAAUGGUUUUGCCUGGGCAACCUGGUUUUCCUUAUAAAUCUGAACGUACGAAAGAUUCAGAUUUUGCCGAUAGAGGUUAUACCAACUCUCUAAUUUUUGGCUCUAAGUAAACAUACUCUGUUUAAUUUGAAAUAGAUUUUUAGUAGUUUAUUUUGAAAUCUACAAUAGAAAUUGCAUUGUUUAAAUAUUAUGCUAUGUCUGAAAAUAAACAACUGUUAUUA